AUGGAGCAGCCGCCUCGGGCAGACCGGAGCUCGUACGGCUCGGACCUCGAAAAGGAGGAAGUGCUGUCCAAGAGCAGCAGCAGAAAAGAGGCCGGGGGGUCGAGCAGCGAGAGCGGCGUCGUGGGCUUCGAGCCCAUCAACACGGCGCCGCUGAGCCGGAAGCCGAGUUGGGAGACGACGGCGGGGAACAGCCUCAGCCGGGAGCGGUCAAACAACGGCUGGGGCGUCGACGACUUGGACGUUGACGGGCUCGACGAGGAGGCUGGUGGCGGCAAUGCCCAGUCGUCUUCGUCUGCCGAUCCGUUUGAGGUCGGAUGGGAAGGCGGCGACAGCGACCCGGCGAACCCCCGCAGCAUGCCGACGUGGCGCAAGUGGACGAUAAUAGGGGUGACCAGCUUUGGGUCGUUCUGCGUGACCAACGCGUCGGCAAUCUACACGGCAUCGUACGGGCAGAUGAACGCCGAGUUUGGCAGCUCGCGCAUCGUGGCCACGCUGGGCCUGAGCAUGUUCGUCCUGGGCAUCGCCCUGGGUCCCUUCUGGAGCCCCCUAGCCGAGUUCUACGGCCGUCGGCCCAUAUACCUCUGCUCGUUCGCCUCCUUCAUGCUCUUCAUUAUCGGCUCGGCGGUUGCCCAGAACAUCCAGACUAUGAUAACGGUUCGAUUCUUUCAGGGCCUCUCUGGGAGUGCCUUCCUCUCCGUAUCGGGCGGGACCGUGGGCGACCUCUUCACUCGGGACACGAUGCUGGCUCCCAUGACUAUUUUCGCGUUAGCACCCUUCAUUGGCCCGUCGCUGGGACCGCUGUUUGGCGGUCUCAUCAACACGUACACUAGCUGGAGGUGGACUCACUACGUGCUGCUCAUCUGGAGCUUUACGCUGCUGGUGUGCAUUGCCCUCUUCGUCCCAGAGACAUACCAUCCUGUCUUGCUUCAGCGAAAGGCGGAAAAGCUGCGUAGGGAGACGGGGGACGAUAGGUGGCGGGCGCCUAUCGAGAAGACGACGCGGUCCAUGACGAAAACCCUGGGAUACGCAUUACUGCGACCGUUCCAGAUUCUCAUAAUGGAGCCCAUGUGCCUCAUCCUCGAUGUGUAUUCUGCUGUCUUGCUCGGCAUGCUCUACCUGUUCUUCGGAGCCUUCCCCCUCGUCUUCACCAACAACUACGGCUUCAACCUCUGGCAAGUGGGCUUGAGCUUCAUGGGCCUGCUGGUUGCAAUGAUCCUGGCCGUGCUGAGCACCCCCAUCUGGCGCAGGGUGCGCGAGCUUCUGGUCGAGAAGCGGCGAAAAGAAACUGGUGUGGCCAAGAGCGAGCCCGAGGAUCAGCUCCCGCCCCUGAUAUUUGGCGCUCCGUUGAUUACCGGGGGACUCUUCUGGUUUGGGUUUACCACGUACCCGCAUAUACACUGGAUCGUGCCCAUUAUCGGCUCCGGCUUUUUUGGCCUCGGUACCAUGCUCGCCUUCUCAGCGAUAUUUACCUUUCUGGUCGACGCGUACCCGCGAUACGCAGCGAGUGCCCUAGCCGGGAAUGCUCUUGUGCGAUGUUCAUUUGCAGCCGCCUUUCCACUGUUUGGAAUCCAGAUGUAUGAGAAGCUUGGGUACCAGUGGGCUACCGGGCUUCUAGCCUUUAUCACCCUCGCCCUGAUGCCGUUCCCCUACAUCUUCUUCUGCUACGGGAAGAGGAUACGGGCCAGGAGCAGGUUUGCGACAACCUCAUAG